ACCUACUAACCUACCAGUGGUGCCCCUUGUACUCCACUGUCCUGGUGUGUGCUGGAGUGCCUUAUCCAUUGGAUCCUCCACCAGAUGUGCGCUGGGCUCGUUGUGCUGUCGCUUGCUUCCACGGCGCUCGGGGCCUCCACUGCUUGCUCACUCGUCCCAGUGGCUCUCUCUGGAGCGCUGCCAGCAGACGGGACGCACAUGCGGCCCAACCUACCCAUAAAAAAGGGCGGUGAAAAAAAUCAACGAAACCCCCGGCAGCUGCCCUCCGUUCUGCCCACCCCAGUCGCUCCAGCGUCCCUCUUCGCGACUCCAUAAUAAUAUCCUGCUCCUCCCCCCCGAGUUCCUCCUGUUCACGUCCCGUGUCCCCCCUCUCGCCUCUCCUCGCCAUUGCAUCCUUUCCUCCCACCACGAACCCCCAAUUCCUCUCAACAUGGCUUCCAGACCGCAGAACAUCGGCAUCAAGGCCAUCGAAAUCUACUUCCCCAGCCAGUACGUCGAGCAAAGCGAGCUCGAAAAGUUCGAUGGCGUCAGCACCGGCAAGUACACCAUUGGCCUUGGCCAGACCAAGAUGGCCUUUUGCGACGACCGCGAGGACAUCUACUCCAUGUCCCUCACUGUCGUAUCCAAGCUGCUGAAAAACUACAACAUUGACGUCAACUCGGUCGGUCGCCUCGAGGUUGGCACCGAGACCAUCCUCGACAAGUCCAAGUCGGUCAAGUCGGUCCUGAUGCAGCUCUUCGGCGACAACACCAACCUCGAGGGCGUCGACACCGUCAACGCCUGCUACGGCGGCACCAAUGCUCUCUUCAACAGCGUCAACUGGGUCGAGUCCUCGGCCUGGGACGGCCGCGACGCCAUCGUCGUCGCUGGCGACAUCGCCCUCUACGCCAAGGGCAACGCCCGCCCUACCGGCGGCGUCGGUGCCGUCGCCAUGCUGAUCGGCCCCAACGCCCCCAUUGUCAUGGAGCCUGGCCUGCGCGGCACCUACAUGCAGCAUGCCUACGACUUCUACAAGCCCGACCUCACCAGCGAGUACCCCUACGUUGACGGCCACUACUCGCUCAACUGCUACACCAAGGCCCUCGACGCCGCCUACCGCGACUACUGCAGGCGCGAGGCCAAGGUCGCCAACGGCAGCGCUAACGGUGCCGACUCGACCAAGACGCCUCUCGACCGCUUCGACUACCUCGCCUUCCACGCCCCGACCUGCAAGCUCGUCCAGAAGUCGUACGGCCGCCUGCUCUACCACGACUACCUCCAGAACGCCGACGUUCCCGCCUUCGCCGAGGUCGCCCCAGAGCUGCGCGACAUGGACUACGAGAAGUCUCUGACCGACAAGGUCGUCGAGAAGACCUUCAUGGGUCUCACCAAGAAGCGAUUCCAGGAGCGCGUCAACCCCAGCAUCCAGGUAGCCACCUUGUGCGGCAACAUGUACUGCGCUAGCGUCUGGGGCGGCCUCGCCAGCUUGCUCAGCUACGUCGACAGCAAGGCCCUCGAGGGCAAGCGAAUCGGCCUCUUCAGCUACGGCUCCGGCCUGGCCUCCAGCUUCAUGUCCUUCCGCGUCAACGGCAGCGUUGAGAGCAUCGCCAAGGUCCUGGACAUUCCCGCCCGCCUCGAGGCCCGCCGCUGCGUGCCCCCGGAGACGUACGACCAGAUGUGCGACCUCCGCAAGCAGGCCCACCUGCAGAAGGACUACACCCCCAAGGGCGACGCCUCCACCAUCGCUCCCGGCACCUACUACCUGGAGAAGGUUGACGACAUGUUCAAGCGCGAGUACUCGGUCAAGGCCUAAUGAGUUUCUCCGGGAGGAACGUUCUGCCACACCGCUCAGAAGACUUGGAUUCUCUACGGGCACUGGUCCGCGGCGGAAUGCAUACGCGGCGACUCGCAAGUGGCCGCCGGUAUGGGGGGCGACUGUUUGACGAGGUAGACGCAUUACGGGAAAAGGGCAUUGCAGCAUCUUGCUGUAUCAAUAGACUGCCGGGGUCGGUGCACACGGGCGGGCCCUCUAAUUGAGCCGUGGCUGUGCCUGAGGUGGACGGGGCCGCGGCUUGUGUAGAUAUAUGGGCUCGGCGCACGACGUCGCGCAUAUUUACGCUGGAAAGGGAGGAUAAGGUUCUCAAGACGUCUUAUAGAUCGAGACGCGAAAGCGGAAAUGUAACGAGCAGCUUUUCGCUUUUUUAUUUCCGAUGAUGUCGUCCCCCC